GAGAGGAUUAUAGAUUUAUAGUCGUAUCCCAAUAAUUUAAGAAUGGGGUUAUCCAAUUUCCCCGGCCCCGCCGAAGGAGUGCUGCCGGUGCUAGUUAUGAACACCGUCACCUCCGUGGCGGGGAUCAAGAACACCGUCAGAUCGAUUCUGCAAGUGGUGGGGGCCACCGGUUUUUACUCCGCCGCCGCUGCCUCCCAAGAAGACGAAGAUCUCCCGGCGGCGGGUCUCGGCGGCGCCGCCAGGCCGCGGAGAGUUUCGAUCACCAGGUACGAUUCCCUGUGCAGAAACCGGUCGGAAACUAGCGGCGGCACUGCAACGGAGUGCUGCUGCGUGUGCUUGUGUAGAUUUGAAGCGAAGGAGAAGGUGAGCGAGCUUUCUUGCAAGCAUUUCUUCCACACUCGGUGUUUGGACAAGUGGUUCGACAAUCACCACGCCACCUGCCCUCUCUGUCGUUCAAUGUUGUGAAGAUUUUUAGGGUUUUUGUUUCUUCCCAUUUUCGUCGCAAUCUUAGCUUGUCGGAUAUGAUAGAGAACCGGAAAAAUCCUAGGAUAUGAUAGUUUAGCUGUAUAAUAUAUAUGUAGUUGUGCUUUGCUCAAAACAGACUGCAUGCAUCAUAUCAACCAAAUUUACAUGUGGUGUGACACGAGUAACACGAUUUAAUUUAAAUCUACUUAUAUAUUUAUAUAGCAUUUUUGUCUAUCUAGCUUCUUUAAGCGGUAAUGAAAA